UUAUUUUUCGUCCGCCAUAUUGGAUCGGCCAUAUUCGAAAAUACUGAAUAAGUAAUUCGGACUAAAUAUUUCAGUUUUACCUGAAAGUCAAUUACUACCAAUUCCGUUUUGAUAUUUCGCUAACUUUUUAAUUUUUUUGAAAUCCGUAAUAUUCUGAAGUAAGUACGUUUAAAAUCAAAUAUCUAUAGUACAGUUGAUAUAGCUGCGCGAAAUAGUUGUUUGGCUCCGGCAUUGAAAAUCGAAGGUUCAAAUCUUCGGACCGUCAAAUUUUUUUCUACAUAAAAUUUUAAAACGGAAUUCAUAAGAAUUAAAAUAUUUUAAUUCUUUUCAAUUUCUCGCUUCUUACUGGGUGACUGAACAUCGUAUGACAAUGGAUAGGAAGAAAACGAGAAGUAGCAGAAUUCGUCCAAGUUUUGGUGAUAAAAAAAGAAACUUUCGCGGUAAUCGAUACACAACGGGAAAAAAAAUUGAAUUUGUCAGUACAUCAUCUCGCAAAUUGAAAGAUAGUGGUGAUUUUGAUGUAACGUACGAUGACACUUUUAAUUAUAGUUUGUUGAGCUUCAGUUUAGUUUUUACAGCGUUGCAAUCUUUAGUGAAGUGUAAAUUGUGUGAUGGUGACGUACAAUUUCUUAAAAAAUCUCCGCAGGGAUUGGGAUUUAAAGUAGUCGUGAAAUGUUCUUGCCAGGAAUCUACAAUAAACUCUUGCCCAAUGAUAAAAAAUGCAUAUGAAGUCAACAGGCGAUUUUGUUUUGCUAUGCGGCUACUUGGUGUCGGUUUGGCUGGCAUAAACAUGUUUUGCUCAAUAAUGGAACUGGGUUCUGGAGUCAGUAUAAGUUGCUUUUACUCAUUGCUUGAAAAGAUACAUACUGCCGUAAAAGCCGUAUCUGAGAUGGUUUUAAAAAAAGCAGUGAAUGAAGAAAAACAGAAGAACAUUGAAAAGGGUUAUCCAGAGGACGAGCUCACUGUGUCUGGCGAUGGUUCAUGGGCAAAGCGUGGAUUCACAUCACUUUUAGGAAUUGUCUCGCUAAUCGGAAAAUAUUCGAAUAAAAUUGUGGAUGUGAUAGUACUAUCAAAAGUAUGCAAAGCUUGUGAAAAGUGGUCAGGAAGAGAAGAUACUGAUGAAUACUUGGAAUGGUAUGAGGAUCAUAAGGAUAAUUGUUCAGCAAACCACGAAGGAAGUUCGGGAAAAAUGGAAGUGGACGGAAUAAUCGAAAUGUUUAAAAGAUCUGUGCAACUUUUUGGUGUGAAAUAUAAGCAAUUCAUUGGCGAUGGUGAUUCAAAAACAUUUACAAAUCUAUUGCAAGCUGAUCCUUAUGACGGCAAACCUGUAGUUGAAAAAAAAGAAUGUGUAUUACACGUUAAAAAACGUAUAUACAGACGUGUUAAAGACGGCAAAAAAUCACUAACGCAGUAUUUGAAAGCAAAGAAACAACUCGAAGAAGCCGAAAAUAAGAAAUCUAAAGGACAAGAACUCGAACGUGCACCGAAAAGGCGUAAAACAAAAAGAAAUUCAUCGGCUAAUAGCGGUGCUGUAAAAAUUAAAACUCUCUCCUUGACUAAUAAAGUAAUGAUAAAGCUCAGCACAUAUUAUGGACUAGCAAUUUUAAGAAACUCGGAAUCUCUUGAAGAAAUGAAGAAAGCUGUAUGGGCAACGUACUACCACCUAACCUCCACAGACAAAAAACCGCAACACUUUUACUGUCCAGAGGGAUUGACUUCGUGGUGCGAAUAUCAGAAACUCAAAGCUCAGAAUCAACAAGAUACUUUUUCACAUCCACCCGCAUUUGAUGAAGAUAUAGCGAAAAUUUUAAAGCCAAUUUACGAAGAAUUAUCGUCGAAUGAUCUGUUGGAAAGAUGCUUAGGAAAAAAUACACAGAAUAACAACGAAAGCUUUAACAGCUGCGUUUGGAAUAUGGCUCCGAAGCAUAUUUUCGUUGGAAAAAAAACAUUAGAAAUCGCAACACUAACAGCAGCAUGCACAUUCAAUGAGGGAUUUAUGCCUAUCUUAAAAAUUAUGGAGGUUAUGGGUGUCCAAAUCGGCACGAAUGGUAUGAAUUACGCUAAAAAGUACAACGAGUUAAGAAUUAGGAGGGCAGAAAAAAAAGCAUCCGAAACAUCGAAACAGGCCAGGUCUUCGCGAAGAGCGGAUAGAGUCGCUGAAAAUGAUGCCUAUGAAGAAACUGAAGGCCUGCUUUACGCACCAGGGAUUGCCGAUUAAUAUGACGUCAUCGGAUGUCAUCAUCACCGCAGGCCACGUAUAUAAAUAUUUUAUUGU